AUGAUCGACGGUGAAGCACCUGGGGAAACCACCUGCCAGCAAAGGAGCUCGUCAUGUGCCGUCGACUUUCUCACCGGAAAAAGCACAACUGAUGGCGAUGCCGGUGCUAGUACAGAUCUAGAGCCAAAUGAUGUGUCGGUGAAGGACUACUCUGGAGUUUGGGAAAAGACAAUGUUGGAAUUCUUCUUUUAUCGGGUUCAAAGGCGGAUCUUCGUCGGAGUUAUGAUUCAGAACAGAGCUUGUAGAGUAUCAAUUCACUCUUCCGUCGCAGAGAAGACCCUCAGAGAAGAAAACCAAAAGAAGGGAAAAAGAUUUGGCAGAUCCCUACGCGGCGAACAUGAGUCUCACCGGCUCAGGAAGGCAUGGUUGCAAGGGAUGUCUCGAUUACCGUGUAUGGAAGCUUUCGGUAACUAG